CACACACUGGGUUAUCAUCAUAUCUCAUCACCGUAGUAACGCGGGAAGCAACAAUAGCGUAUGAAAGGCCGGUUCUAGAACAGAGCGUUGUGCUUAUUUUAAAACGCGACGCGACGUCCCGGGCACAGACAUCCGCACACACACCCGCACACCACGUCAAAUUCCAUAUUGUUGGUGCAUAGGAAGCGAGUCGUGGCAUACAUAAAAUCCCUGAAGAAAAGAGUUGGGGAGUUUUGUUUGAGCUGCUUUCCUUACCCAGUGACUGUGCUCAUUUGAACGAUCCCUCAAUGAACAUUCUCGGAAGGCUGCUGAGGAACAAGCGAUCACGUCACCUUGUUACCGGGGCUGCUGCUCUUGUGUGUUGCAUCAACUUUUACCUCUCAGUGUACUCUGUUGCAGGGUUUCAGGCCCAGCGAUUCGGCCAGAUUCUCAAGCUCACCUCCAAGGACGAGUCGCACUACCUCGAGGUGUCGAGUAAGCACUUGAACAGGCUGCCUGCGGAUGCAUCUCUAAGGGAACAGCUGCAAUUCCAGUACCCAUACGACUCUAGCAUCAAGAUUCCAAGGAUCAUCUGGCAGACGUGGAAGUAUCCACGAGAUGAUCCACGGUUCGAACGACAAUUGCUACAGCAUUCACAAAGUUGGAUUGAUCUACACCAUGACUAUGCUUAUAACUUGAUUCCCGACGAAGCGUCUGAUGACCUGAUCAAGUCCCUCUAUGAAUCAAUACCACAGGUUUACGAUGCCUUUGUAUCGUUGCCGAAGGCCAUUUUGAAGGCUGACUUCUUCAGAUAUCUGAUACUGUUUGCCCGCGGGGGGAUAUACUCAGACGUUGAUACCGUGCCCUUGAAGCCGGCAAACGUAUGGGUCUCAAACAAUGAAACUAUUUAUAACGAUGUCAAUGACGCGGGCCUCGUCAUUGGAAUCGAAGCAGACCCAGAUAGGGACGACUGGAAUGUGUACUACGCAAAGAGAGUGCAGUUCUGUCAAUGGACAAUACAGAGUAAGCCAGGACACCCAAUGUUGGGCGAACUGAUUGCUAACAUCACCGAGACUACCCUAAGGAAGAAACGCGAUGGAACUCUUUCCAUCAUCUCUGGAAAGGACGCAGGCGCAGACAUCAUGAACUGGACUGGGCCUGGUAUCUUCACGGACGAGAUAUUCACGUACUUCAACGACUUGAUCAAAUUGAGACCCAAUGUCCAUAUCACAAACCACACUCCUGUUAAUAAGUACAACACCGGCUUGGACAUUACCAAAGACGGUGUCGAUUGGAGAUUCUUUACCCUAAUGGAGCAAGCUGUCGUGUUUGAUGAUGUGCUUGUCUUACCAAUCACCGGGUUCAGUCCCGGUGUCGGCCAUAUGGGAUCAAAACAUCUGUCGCAUGAAGAUGCCUAUGUCCACCAUAUGUUUGAAGGAAGCUGGAAACCUGAGAAUGAAAGAAUGAAAGGUACAGUCUCACGUCACCGAAAAGAUUGAUGAUUCCAUUAUGUACACACUUAUUCGUCCAAGUUCUUAAUGAUGAGAAUAUAACAUACAAAUCUACUAAACAAAAAACAUCGGAAUAGUAAUAAUUAGAGACCAGAAUGGUGGUACUUAGUAGUUAUGAUAGUUAAUAGUAAUGACAC